AUGCACUUGGGAGCUGGCGUUACAGUUGGACUGACGGGUCUGGCAGCCGGUUAUGCCACUGGCAUUGCGGGAGAUGUAGGAGUAAGGAGUACGGCACAGCAACCUCGAUUCUUUGUUGGGAUGAUCCUCAUUCAAGUCUUUGCUGGAGCGAUGGCUCUUUACGGACUCAUUGUGGCCCUUCUCCUAUACACCCUCACCACCAAGUAG